UCCAAUCCAAGUUUAAAACAAACCCCACGCCACUCCCAUUUCAAAGACUAGAGACUGCGGACUCGAAAAAAGGAACAAACGCCUAAGGGAAUUGUUUCGAGUUGUUUCAGUCUUGUGAUCGCGAAAUCAGAAAAAAUCAAGAAUCAUGAACGGAGAAGUGCUUAAAAAAUUGGCACAUCUUACAGAUCUGUACAUUUCAGACAGCAAACAUGGAAACAUGAAUACUGCUUGUUUAUUAACCAUUUGCUUCUUUUAUAGCUUGACUUUCAGUACCCUCCUUUUCUUUGCUCUGUUCGUGGUCUUGAAGUACAGCAUCGUUGUGUCCUUGGUUGUUCCCUCAGCUGUUGCAGUUAUUCUGUCUGGAAUACUGUUUUCAUCAAAAACAGCAAGAUGCAUCAGUGUGCUUUUUUUUCUUUUCUUUGGUAUACAUAAGAGUAAGGAUAUCUACCUAAAAUUUGGGACUGCAGUGGUAAUUUUCUGGAAUGUAACAAAUAUACUAAAUAACCUUAAAGCUCUUGCAGAUACACUGAUGUGCAAUUUAGAAGUACAGAAGAAUUUUAUAAAUGUUUCUCUUAUUGCUAAGUACGAGGAGCUAAUCAAAUGGAUAUUCCAGGCAUGGAAAGCAUCUAUGGAAAUGGGAAUAAUGGAUGUGAAUAUUGAUAUGAAAGGGAAAGUGACAAUUUCUUCAAAUUGUUGGACAGAAAAAUUUGAUGCAUCUAAAGACAGGCUAAAAAUAUUUGCUCAGAAUGCAUUAUUUGUUUUGGAAAUGAUAUCCAACAUUGCCAACAUUUCCCAAAAAAUGUUUUUUGCCUUGAGCAGCCUUUCAGUUCUAAUUCAUUUAACAAUGUACUUGAGAAAAUAUUUAAACAGCACAGAGUUUGAGAAUAUAUAUAUCACCAAACGGUUCAUGGACUUUGAUGAGAAGGUAAAGGCAGCUGGAAAGCCCCAUGUUCUUCCACUUACAGAAAAGGAAAAAAAAAACCUAUAUUAUGGUUACCUUUUCCUGCCUUUCAAUCAAAAGUGUGAAAACAGUGAUAAAGUUUUUUAUUCCUGUAUUUAUAGGCUUAACCACCUGGCUUUCCCUUAUGGGGGUUGAUUAUUUUCUCUACUGGCUCAUUCUUAGGACAAAUGUCUAUUUUCAGACUUUUUCACCAAUUGAUGUUCCUUUGUGGUCUCCAGUAAAAGAAGAAUCACUCAUAUUUGGAGUAUUUUCUGUUGAUUCCACCUCUGGUAUAAAGAAUUUCUCCUUCUCAAUGGUGCUGUUUGAAGAAACAUGUCUCCCAAAACCAACCCUGUUCAUUUAUAACUCAUUGG